AUGGCAGACGCCACGACAAACGGGCGGACGGUGCCCGUCGUCAACGGCAAGGCCUCGUACGCCGAGAAGCACAGCCUCGCAGACCACUUCAUAGGGGGCAACAAGCUGGCCAAUGCGCCCCCGAGCAAGGUCAAGGACUUUGUCGCCCAAAGUGACGGCCACACCGUCAUCACAAACGUCCUCAUCGCCAACAAUGGUAUCGCCGCCGUCAAGGAGAUCCGCUCCGUGCGGAAAUGGGCGUACGAGACGUUCGGCGACGAGCGCGCCAUCCACUUCACCGUCAUGGCCACCCCCGAGGAUCUCCAGGCCAACGCCGACUACAUCCGCAUGGCCGACCACUACGUCGAGGUCCCCGGCGGCACCAACAACCACAACUACGCCAACGUCGAGCUCAUCGUCGACAUCGCCGAGCGCAUGAACGUACACGCCGUCUGGGCCGGCUGGGGCCACGCCUCCGAGAACCCCAAGCUGCCCGAGUCGCUCGCCGCCUCCCCCAACAAGAUCGUCUUCAUUGGUCCCCCAGGAUCCGCCAUGCGCUCGCUCGGUGACAAGAUCUCCUCCACAAUCGUCGCCCAGCACGCCGACGUCCCCUGCAUCCCCUGGUCUGGCACCGGCGUCAGCGAGGUCGAGCUGGAUAACAAGGGCAUCGUCACCGUCUCCGACAAGGUCUACGCCAAGGGCUGCGUCACCUCGUGGCAGGAGGGCCUCGAGAGGGCCAAGGAGAUUGGCUUCCCCGUCAUGAUCAAGGCGUCAGAAGGCGGCGGUGGCAAGGGUAUUCGCAAGGCCAUGGGCGAGGAGGGCUUCGAGGCCCUUUACAAGGCCGCCGCCAGCGAGAUCCCGGGCUCCCCCAUCUUCAUCAUGAAGCUGGCCGGCAACGCCAGGCAUCUCGAGGUCCAGCUCCUGGCUGAUCAGUACGGCAACAACAUCUCCCUGUUUGGCCGUGACUGCUCCGUCCAGCGCCGCCACCAGAAGAUUAUCGAAGAGGCCCCCGUCACCAUCGCCAAGUCUGACACCUUCAAGGCCAUGGAGGACGCCGCUGUGCGCCUGGGCAGGCUCGUCGGCUACGUCUCCGCGGGUACCGUCGAGUACCUGUACUCGCACGCCGAUGACAAGUUCUACUUCCUCGAGCUGAACCCGCGUCUGCAGGUCGAGCACCCUACCACGGAAAUGGUCAGCGGCGUAAACCUGCCCGCCGCCCAGCUCCAGAUUGCCAUGGGUGUUCCCCUGCAUCGCAUCCGCGACAUCAGGGUGCUCUACGGCGUCGACCCCAAGACGACGAGCGAGAUCGACUUUGAGUUCAAGCGCGAGGGCUCGUCCCAGUCGCUGCGCCGCCCGACGCCCACGGGUCACUGCACGGCUUGCCGUAUCACCUCUGAGGACCCCGGCGAGGGCUUCAAGCCGUCCAACGGUGUCAUGCACGAGCUCAACUUCCGCAGUAGCUCCAACGUCUGGGGCUACUUCUCCGUCGGAACGCAGGGUGGCAUCCACAGCUUCUCCGACAGCCAGUUUGGUCACAUCUUCGCCUACGGCGAGAACCGACAAGCUUCGCGAAAGCACAUGGUCGUCGCGCUCAAGGAGCUGAGCAUUCGCGGUGACUUCAGGACCACCGUCGAGUAUCUCAUCAAGCUGCUCGAGACGGAGGCCUUCGAGGACAACACCAUCUCGACCGGCUGGCUGGACGAGCUGAUUUCUAAGCGCCUCACCGCCGAGCGGCCCGACACCAUGCUCGCCGUUGUCUGCGGCGCCGUCACCAAGGCGCACAUUGCCAGCGAGACGUGCAUGGCCGAGUACCGUGCCGGCCUGGAGAAGGGCCAGGUCCCCUCCAAGGACAUCCUCAAGACCGUCUUCACCAUCGACUUCAUUUACGAGGGCUUCCGCUACAAGUUCACCGCCACCCGGGCCAGCUCGGACAGCUACCACCUGUUCAUCAACGGCUCCAAGUGCUCGGUGGGCGUCCGCGCCCUCAGCGACGGCGGCCUUCUCAUCUUGCUCGACGGCCACAGCCACAACGUGUACUGGAAGGAGGAGGUCGGCGCCACCCGUCUGUCCGUCGACAGCAAGACGUGUCUGCUCGAGCAGGAGAACGACCCCACCCAGCUCCGCACUCCCAGCCCUGGCAAGCUCGUCAAGUACUCGGUCGAGAACGGUGCCCACGUCAAGGCUGGCCAGACCUUUGCCGAGGUCGAGGUCAUGAAGAUGUACAUGCCUCUGGUCACGCAGGAGGACGGUAUUGUGCAGCUCAUCAAGCAGCCCGGCGCCACGCUCGAGGCUGGUGACAUCCUGGGAAUCCUCGCCCUCGACGACCCUAGCCGCGUCAAGCAGGCUCAGGCCUUUGUCGACAAGCUGCCGCCGUACGGCGACCCCGUCGUUGUCGGCAACAAGGCUGCUCAACGCUUCGGUGUCCUCAAGAAUAUCAUCAUGAACAUCUUGAUGGGCUACGACAACUCGGUCAUCAUGGCCCCUUCGCUCAAGGAGCUCAUUGAGGUGCUGCGCAACCCCGAGCUGCCCUACAGCGAGUGGAACGCGCAGUUCUCUGCCCUGCACGCUCGCAUGCCGCAGAAGCUGGACUCCCUCUUUGGCCAGAUUGUAGAAAAGGCCAGGUCGCGCCAUGUCGAGUUCCCCGCCAAGGCUCUGCAAAAGGCUUUCCAGAAGUUCCUCGACGAGAGUGUCGCCGACUCUGACGCCGAUAUGCUGAAGACGACGCUGGCGCCUCUGACCGAGAUCCUCGAGAUCUACGCCGACGGCCAAAAGGCACGUGAGCUGCACUUUGUGCAGAGCCUGCUCGACGCAUACUGGGAGGUCGAGCGCCUCUUCUCCACCCAGACCCAGGAGGACAGCGUCGUCCUGAAGCUGCGUGACCAGAACAAGGACAGCAUCAACAAGGUCGUUCAGACGGUCCUCUCUCACAGCCGCGUCAGCGCCAAGAGCUCCCUCGUGCUCGCCAUUCUGGACGAGUACCGUCCCAACAAGCCCAAUGUCGGCAACAUCAGCAAGUACCUGCGCGACUCGCUCCGCAGGCUUACCGAGCUGUCGUCUCGCGCCACCUCCAAGGUCUCGCUCAAGGCCCGCGAGAUCAUGAUUCAGUGCUCGCUGCCCUCUCUGGAGGAGCGUACCGCCCAGAUGGAGCACAUUCUGCGCUCCUCCGUCGUCGAGUCCCGCUACGGCGAGAGCGGCUGGGACCACCGGGAACCCAACCUGGAGGUCAUCAAGGAGGUCGUCGACUCCAAGUACACGGUCUUUGACGUGCUGCCGCUCUUCUUCGCCCACGAGGACCCCUGGGUGGCGCUGGCUUCGCUCGAGGUCUACGUCCGUCGCGCGUACCGUGCUUAUAUUCUCAAGCAGAUUGAGUACCACAGCGACGAGACGGACUCGCCCCUCUUCGUGUCCUGGGACUUCCAGCUGCGCAAGAUUGGCCAGUCCGAGUUCGGCCUUCCGCUCCAGUCGGCCGCGCCGUCGACGCCUGGCACACCCAGCGCCUCGAGCGACCUGAACAUGAAGCGCAUCUACUCCAUCAGCGACAUGUCGUACCUCACCAGCAAGUGGGAGGACGAGCCUACUCGCAAGGGUAUCAUUGUGCCUUGCAAGUACGUGGACGAGGCCGAGGAGUUGAUCCAGAAGGCCCUCGAGACGCUCGCUUUCCACAACAAGCAGAAGAAGCAGCAGAACGGCACCCAGAUCCUUGCUGACCUGAACGAUAAGCGCAAGCCGCUCAGCUCCAUCAAGAACGCCGCCAAGAGGGACGACGAGCUGUCCGCGGUCAUCAACGUGGCGAUCCGGGAUGUCGAGGGUGCCGAUGACCAGGAGCUCAUGUCCCGUAUCCGGCCGAUUGUCCAGCAGUUCAAGGGCGAGCUGCUCGCCCGCGGUGUGCGCCGCCUGACGUUCAUCUGCGGCCACAAUGACGGCUCGUACCCUGGCUACUACACCUUCCGUGGCCCCGAGUACGAGGAGGAUGACAGCAUCCGUCACAGCGAGCCUGCCCUGGCCUUCCAGCUGGAGCUCGCGCGCCUCGGCAAGUUCCACAUCAAGCCUGUGUUCACGGAAAACAAAAACAUCCACGUGUACGAGGCUAUUGGCAAGGCGGUCGACACCGACAAGCGCUACUUCACUCGUGCUGUGAUCCGACCUGGCCGUCUUCGUGACGAGAUCCCGACCGCGGAGUACCUCAUCUCCGAGGCGGACCGUGUCAUCAACGACAUCUUUGAUGCACUUGAGAUUAUCGGCAACAACUCGUCGGAUCUGAACCACAUCUUCAUGAACUUCAGCCCCGUCUUCCAGCUGGAUCCCCAGCAGGUUGAACAGAGUCUGCAGGGCUUCCUGGACCGCUUCGGCGCUCGCGGCUGGAGACUGCGUGUGGCCCAGGUCGAGAUCCGCAUCAUCUGCACGGAUCCCGCCACCGGCGCCCCGUACCCCCUGCGUGUCGUCAUCACCAACACGUCCGGCUACGUUGUCGAUGUCGACAUGUACGCCGAGCGCAAGUCGGAGAAGGGCGAUUGGGUGUUCCACAGCAUCGGCGGUACCAAGGAGAAAGGCCCCCUGCAUCUCCUGUCCGUCUCGACGCCUUAUGCCACCAAGAACGCACUCCAACCCAAGCGGUACAAGGCUCACCUUAUGGGAACGCAGUACGUGUACGACUUCCCCGAGCUUUUCCGUCAGGCCAUUCAGAACAGCUGGGUCAAGGCCGUCAAGAACCAGCCCGCCAUCGCGUCGCAGCAGCCCAAGGUCGGCGAGUGCAUCACCUUCACCGAGCUUGUCCUCGACGACAAGGACAACCUCGACGAGGUCAACCGCGAGCCGGGCACCAACACGUGCGGCAUGGUCGGCUGGAUCUUCAAGGCUCGCACGCCCGAGUACCCCGCGGGCCGCCGCUUCAUCGUCGUUGCCAACGACAUCACCUACAAGAUCGGCUCGUUCGGCCCCAAGGAGGAUAACUUCUUCCACAAGUGCACGGAGCUGGCUCGCAAGCUGGGCAUCCCGCGCAUCUACCUGUCGGCCAACUCGGGUGCACGCCUCGGCCUGGCUGAGGAGCUGAUGCCUCACUUCAAGGUUGCCUGGAACGACGCCGAGAAGCAGGACCAGGGCUUCCGGUACCUGUACCUCGAUGACAAGGCCCUGGAGCGUUUCAAGGAUGAUGUCAUCACCGAGGAGGUGUCCGAGGAUGGCGAGAAGCGCCACAAGAUUGUCACCAUCAUUGGCAACGAGGAUGGUCUCGGUGUCGAGUGCUUGAGGGGCUCCGGCCUGAUUGCCGGUGCGACCAGCCGGGCGUACAAUGACAUUUUCACGGUGACGCUCGUCACCUGCCGAUCUGUUGGUAUUGGUGCCUACCUUGUCCGUCUCGGACAGCGUGCAGUCCAGAUUGAGGGUCAGCCCAUCAUUCUUACUGGCGCCCCGGCCCUCAACAACCUGCUGGGCCGCGAGGUUUACACGUCCAACCUGCAGCUCGGUGGCACGCAGAUCAUGUACCGCAACGGCGUGUCUCACAUGACGGCCAACGACGACUUUGCCGGUGUCUCGCGCAUCGUCGAGUGGAUGUCGUUUGUGCCGGAGAAGCGCAACGGCCCCGUGCCCGUCAGCCCUAGCGCCGACGCCUGGGACCGCGACGUCGUCUACUGCCCGCCGCAGAAGCAGCCUUACGAUGUGCGGUGGAUGAUCUCGGGUAAGCACGACGACGACGGCAGCUUCCAGAGCGGUCUCUUCGACAAGGACUCGUUUGUCGAGACCCUGGGUGGCUGGGCUCGUACCGUCGUUGUCGGCCGUGCCCGUCUCGGCGGCAUCCCCAUGGGUGUCAUCGCCGUCGAGACGCGCAGCGUCGAGAACAUCACGCCGGCCGACCCUGCCAACCCCGACUCGAUGGAGCAGGUGAGCAACGAGGCGGGCGGCGUGUGGUACCCCAACUCGGCGUUCAAGACGGCGCAGGCCAUCAACGACUUCAACAACGGCGAGCAGCUGCCGCUGAUGAUCCUGGCCAACUGGAGAGGUUUCUCUGGCGGCCAGCGCGACAUGUACAACGAGGUGCUCAAGUACGGUUCGUUCAUCGUUGACGCCCUCGUCAAGUACGAGCAGCCCAUCUUCGUCUACAUCCCGCCGUUUGGCGAGCUGCGCGGCGGCUCGUGGGUGGUGGUGGACCCCACCAUCAACCCGACUGCCAUGGAGAUGUACGCCGACGUGGAGGCGCGUGGUGGUGUGUUGGAGCCCGAGGGCAUCAUCGGCAUCAAGUACCGCAAGGAGAAGCAGCUGGAGACGAUGGCGCGCAACGACCCAACGUACGCCAGCCUGAGGAAGCAGCUGGAGAACAAGGGCCUCGGCCCCGAGGAGGCGGCGGCGAUCAAGAAGCAGGUCGUGGCACGGGAGAAGCAGCUGCUGCCGGUGUACGCGCAGAUCGCGGUGCAGUUUGCGGACCUGCACGACCGGGCGGGCCGCAUGAAGGCCAAGGGGACGAUCCGCGAGGUGCUCGAGUGGAGCAACGCGCGCCGGUACUUCUACUGGCGCCUGCGCCGCAGACUCAACGAGGAGUACGUGCUCAAGCGGAUGGCGACGAGCGCGGUGUCGACGGGCGCGCAGCCCGGGUCGGCCAAGGCGACCGAGGUGCGGGAGCGCAACCUACACCUGCUGGAGAGCUGGUCGGGCAUCGUGGGCUGGUCGCACAACGACCGCGAGGCGGCCGAGUGGUACGAGCGCGAGCGCAAGACGAUCGGGGACAAGGUGGAGGCGCUCAAGGCGGAGCAGCUGUCGGCGGAGCUGUCGGCGCUUGUGCGCGGGCACAAGGAGGCGGGCUUCAAGGGUGUGCGCGAGGUGCUGAGGGUGAUGCCCGUGGAGGAGCGGGAGGCCAUCCUCAAGUACCUCAAGGAGUGA